AGUGAAUAGUAAGUAGUACGCGACGAACGUGACGGUCUGUUCUGGGAACAUCCAGCGUGCUAUAUUUCGAUCUUUUUCCGACGGCAUAUAUAGUUUUGUUUUGUACUUAUCAAUAUAUUGAAAUUAAAUAAAUUCAAUAUUUUAUAAAAAAAAUAAUAAUAGUGACAUUCUUAAAAUUUAAUGUGAUGUAUAUUUUAACCUUAGUUUCAUAUUAAUAAAAUUUGACAGGAACAUAUAGUUUAACACAAUUUAUUGACAAGUGCUCGUUAUCAGCAAAGUAUGGUGACGAAACACUAGGUAAAGAUUUUAUCAGUUCAUGGCGGUUUCAUGGUGUAUCAAGAUGCACGUGGUCUUUGCCGCAGCGGUUUUAUGAUGCAAUGUUUGCGUGAAUAACGAUCACAAUUUUCGGUAACUAUGCAGACAAAGUGAUAAAUAAUUAUACCGCCAUGUGCCUAAAAUUUUGUAGCGCGUAAUAUUCGUAUUUUAAUUUUGUGAAUUUAUUGAAACUUUAAAAUGGCGAAAGUAGCAGCCUUGGAAGGACUAUCACCAAAAGCAAUGGACAUGGGUUCAGAGUGUGAAAACAAUGACAAAGACUCCUCGGAGGGCGUUAGGUUGAAGAAGGAGUUAAAUUUAAUGAAUGGUGUUGCGAUUGUUGUCGGCGUGAUAGUAGGAUCGGGUAUCUUCGUGUCGCCAACCCUGGUGCUAAAGCACUCCGGCUCGAAGGGAAUGGCCCUCAUUGUAUGGAUUCUCUCCGGUUUCCUAUCAAUGGUCGGCGCCUUGUGUUAUGCAGAACUAGGUACCAUGAUUCCCAAAUCAGGCGGAGAUUACGCGUACAUCGGCGAGGCAUUCGGUGCCCUCCCAUCAUUCCUGUACCUAUGGGUCGCGCUGUUCAUCUUGGUGCCAACUGGGAACGCCAUUACAGCACUCACCUUCGCGCAGAACAUUCUCAAGCCCCUGUGGCCUGAGUGUAAACCUCCGGACGAUGCUGUCAGUCUUAUAGCAGCCUCAAUUACCUGUAUCCUUACCGUCAUCAAUUGCUACAAUGUGAAAUGGGUAACGCGUGUGCAGGACUCAUUCACGGCGGCCAAAGUACUAGCUCUGGUCGUGACGUUUUUCGCCAGUCUGUGGUACCUGUUCUCUGGCCACACUGAGAAUCUCGAAUCGAUGAUGCAAGGCACCGAAACAGAUCCUGGAAACUUAGCGAUUGCUUUCUAUACAGGACUAUUUUCUUAUUCUGGAUGGAAUUACCUCAAUUUUGUCACUGAAGAAUUAAAGGAACCUUACAAGAACUUACCACGGGCGAUCUGCAUAUCAAUGCCGGUGGUGACUUUAGUCUACACGUUCACCAAUGUGGCAUUCUUCGCUGUACUCAGCACCGACGAGAUCAUCGCUUCGGAAGCUGUUGCCGUCACCUUUAGUGAAAAAAUUCUUGGGGUGGUGGCGUGGAUCAUGCCUCUAUUCGUUGCUCUGUGCACGUUGGGCUCUUUGAAUGGGGCCAUAUAUACCUCAUCUCGGUUGUUCUUCGUGGGUGCAAGGAAUGGCCAUCUUCCUUUGGCUAUAUCUUUAAUAGACGUGAAGAGAUUAACACCAGUUCCUUCUCUUAUAUUUAUGUGUGUAGUGACCUUAGCGCUCCUGGUUUCAAACAACGUGGAGUCCCUAAUAGUGUACGUGACAGCUGUCGAAGCCCUAUUCACCCUCAGUUCAGUGGCUGGAUUACUCUGGAUGAGGUACUCUCGGCCGCAUAUGCUGAGGCCCAUCCGCGUCAACUUGAUCCUGCCGAUAGCAUUCCUCAUCAUAUGUGCAUUCCUCGUCGUGUGUUCAUGCUUUACAAGUCCUACUGAAGUUGGAGUCGGCAUAGCUCUAAUAGCAUUAGGCGUUCCUGUAUAUUGCAUCUUUAUCAAAUGGAAAGCCAAACCAGAAUGGUUGCAAUUAGCAUGUGAAUCAUUCAAUAUAGCAUGCUCCAAAAUGUUCCUUUGUCUUCCAGAAGAUUCGAAAGAUUUAUGAUCUUUGAAAUUAUAACACUUCAACAGAUCUUUGUGUGAUUUUAUAUUUUCUCAUAUUAUUUGUAUUAAAUGUAUGCGAUUAUUUUUGUUAUUUAUUAAGAAGGGUAGCCUUUUUUAAAUGUAAUAAUAGAAUUAAUAGAAAAUAUGUAUUAAAAAUAAGACAUUGACGAAAAUGAUUCUUUCUACAUAAAUAAGUUUGUGACGUUCCAGUCUGAAGUUUAAAGUUGUAAUAAAUUUCUUCUUCAGAUCAUACGACCGUGUUAUUACUUUACAUCUCAU